AGAGGCUCUGAUUCAACACUGGGGGUGUUUGCUCAGUUUCUUCUCAGCUCUUGAGUGUGCCACUUUAGAGAUCUUUCUUUUCCUAAAUCAAAAUGAAGGAGUUAAUCUUACUGGGUCUUUAUCUCCUUGGAUCUGCCAGAGGAGCACCGCCAGGUCAGCCUGAUGAGCUCCUUGACUCUGUAGACCACCAGGCUUCGGUUCAGCAACUUUCAAGUGAGUAUUCCUCACUCACAAACCCUUCAGAUGCUGAGGCUUUAUAUGAAACUUCUUCAGUUGAGAAGACUCUGAGUGGUCAUAGCCCAGCUGAACACGAAUCAAGUGAGCAUUCUUUAGCUGAACAUUCUUCAGGUGAGCACUCUUCAGGAGAACAGUCUUCAGAGCACAUAUCAGGUGAGCACAUGUCAGGAGAACACACUUCGGGGGAGCACACGUUGGGCGAGCACACUUCGGGCGAGCACACUUCGGGCGAGCACACUUCAGGCGAGCACACUUCAAGUGAACAACCUGCAACUGAACAGUCCUCGAAUGAGCAGUCUUCCGAAGUUUCAGGCGAAGCUUCAGGUGAAAAGCUCGAAGACGCAGGUGAACAGGUGUCUGGUGAGACAAAUGACAAAGGAAAUGAGGCUAUGAGCACACCAGUUCCAAGCACAUCUUCAGACGUAACAAUAAAUUGCCACACAUGCGCUUAUAUGAAUGAUGAUGCAAAAUGUCUCCGAGGAGAAGGAAUCUGCACCACUCAAAAUUCCCAGCAGUGCAUGCUAAAGAAGAUCUUUGAAGGUGGAAAACUCCAGUUCAUGGUUCAGGGGUGUGAGAACAUGUGCCCAUCGAUGAACCUCUUCUCUCAUGGAACAAGAAUGCAGAUUAUAUGCUGUCGGAAUGAGCCUCUCUGCAACAAGGUCUAGAUGCCUGUGCCCUACUUCUUGUUCUGACUCAGGCAGCUUCACCAGUCUACUUGGCUCAAUUCAUGUUCAACUUCAACAACUAAUCACAUCAGGCUCUGCCUGAUCACCAGAUAAGAAGCUCAACACUUAUCUUUAUUAAUACCCCAUUGCCUCUGCUCUCUGCCUUACUUUGCUCCCAUCCUUCCCCAGACGUUCUUUUUUGCAAUAAAUUGCUAU